AUUUGCCGUGUUGGCUGUCUGUUCUAUGCAACAAAGUAAUGAGACUGACUUUCGGCGACCUCGGUUCAUCCAAACUUUUCUGCCAUACACCACCGCCUGCUUCUCUCAAUUUUCACACCCACGUCACCAGCAGAAAACUUGCAUUUCACAGCCUCAAACGACAAGAGACUGACUGACUGACUCGGGAUCAGGAUGCCUUCUGUUUGUAUGCUCUCGUCCCUAUCUAUGUCUGCAGUUGCCGGAAUCCAGUGGUUGUCUCUCCCAACAGUAUGGGAGCGUCGGACUUGAGCGCCGCGAGCCCGCGGGCCUUCGCUGACCGAGGGAUCAACGCCAACAACGAUAGUAACGAUGAUGUGCGAUCGAUCUGGUCCGAAAAGAGCACUCACAUAGACGGUCAGAAUGAUUUGCGGUUUUGGAAGUCAAAUUCGCAGCACAGUAUCCCUUCCCCGGACGACCAACGCCAUCGGGGCCCGGAUGCCCCUGACGAUUCGCCCGAUCGACCGACGACACAGUUCAGUUUCUACUCCCCCGGGCUGGAAUAUGCCAUUCAUGCGUCCGAUUUGAAUUCUUUGGCUACAACGCAUCAGUCAGUGAGCGACCUGUUGGAAAAUGGAGAGGCUGGGGAUGUGUGGUGGAUAAAUGCCAUUGCGCCGUCCAUGGAAGAUAUUGAAUGGCUCUCCAAAGUCUUCGGGAUCCAUCCAUUGACGACUGAGGAUAUCGGAGUACAGGAGACACGAGAAAAAAUUGAGCUGUUUGGCCACUACUAUUUUGUUUCACUACGGUCGUCCCAUCCGAACCGCAGAGUCGGAGGGACGAGUUGGUCGAUUCUAAACCAGUAUGCCCUCGUCUUCCGGGGUGGCAUUAUCAGUGUCACUUUUGGACCUAGUCCACAUGCGGCAAAUGUGCGCAGUCGCAUAAUGGAGCACAAGAGUCACCUGGCGUUGACCAGUGACUGGAUAUGUUAUGCACUUAUUGAUGAUAUCGUGGACGGAUUCGGUCCGUCUAUUCGCAAGGUCCAACAAGGCAUUGAGACCAUGGACGACAGCUUUGCCAUAACACGCCCAGACGAUAUCAGUCUGGUGCUGCAACAGAUCUACAAGUGUCGCAAGGAGAUUAUCCGCAUCCGCCGUCUCCUGACUGACAAGACCGAUGUGAUCAAGAGUUUCGCGCGGCGCUGCGACGAACGCUGCUUCAUCACGCCUUCAUGCGAAGUCGUGGUAUAUCUCAGUGAUAUCCAGGAUCACGUCCUAACGAUGAUGUCCAAUCUGGCCCACUCUGAACAAAUGCUGUCCGGAUCGCAAAUGAAGUAUGUGGAACAGUUGUCCAUGGACAACAACCGCACGCGCAACACAACUCUGGACACGCUGAGCAAGCUUACAGUUCUGGGGACCAUGUUCGUGCCGAUGCAGGCGCUCAUCAGCUCGUUUGGCAUGAACGUGGAGGUUCCGGGGCAGGAAGUGUCGGGGGUGGCUUGGUGGUUUGGGAUUAUUGGAGGACUGGCUGCUGUGGUGAUUGUAUGUUUGGCACUCGCGAAGCUAAGACGAUGGAUAUAAUCGUACAUAAUCUUGUUAUUAAUAGUACGUUCUCACGAAAUGAAUAUAUCUUCGUGGUUCCCAUAGUCCGCGAACCGCAUAUAUAUUCCGGGUAUUCCACAGCGCACCCCCACAACCAAGUCCGACAUUACUCUACCAGGCAUCUUCCUUCCAGCUUAUUAUUCAUUGCCACUGCAGCAGUGCCAUUGAACUGC